UAUUUUUUAUUUUAUAUACAUCUUUCUUCAUCACAAUGACACUCUCUCUCUGUUGAGGUUUCCCUUACACUCAGAAAAAUAAAUAAAGAUGGACCGAAAUCAAUGACUUUCCUAUAGAUUCUCCAAAAAUUCAAGCUCCUUUAGGGUUUCCCAAUUUCACAGAGAACGUUGUGAAUGAUGCCGGCAAAAUCUGAAAAAGAAGAUCGACGUUUAGACCACAGUGGACCGAGCCCGUUCCAAACAAACAUUUACUCGCAACCUUGGUGGCGUGAUGUGGGGAACAGUUCCUCUUUAGGUGACACUGCAUCAAAAUUGUCUUCAGUAGAGCACCUAAAUGGUUCUCUUGCGAAUGCAGCAAUACAAUCACAAGUUAAUACUGGCUUACAGAAAGGAGCUAUGGUGAACAAAGACAUGCAGACCGAUGUAACAUCGCAAUCUGAUGAAAGUAAUGAACAAGAACACCAUCUCAAACACAUUCCAUCACCAACAACUGUUACCAUGGGCGGACACCUUGAACCAAAUUCCCAGAUGGAACUUGUUGGCCACUCAAUUGUUUUGACUUCACAUCCAUAUACAGAUCCACAGUAUGGCGGGAUGUUUGCUUCUUAUGGAGCACAAGCUAUGGUACCUCAAUUAUAUGGAAUGCCACACGCCAGAAUGCCCUUGCCCCUUGAAAUGGAAGAGGAGCCUGUUUAUGUAAAUGCAAAACAGUUUCAUGGUAUUAUGAGGCGAAGACAGGCACGUGCUAAGGCAGAGCUUGAAAAAAAGGCAGUAAAAGUUAGAAAGCCAUAUCUACAUGAGUCUCGACACCAACAUGCUUUGAGAAGGGCAAGAGGUUGUGGUGGCCGUUUUCUCAAUACAAAGAAGCUUGAUAACAGCGCUACCAAUCCCACAUCAGAAAAGGGUAGUGGAGAUUUGAAUUCCUCUGGCGAUCUGGAAGAAGGAAAAGGGUCACAGGCUUCCUCCAAUGGUCAUGGUAAUGGCCAUGCACUCUCAUCAAGAUAUCAUUCAUCAUCACAUGAUGGCAGCUUCUUGGGUCAGCAAAAGGAAACCACACACGGGAAUAGGGUGUCUAAUGGAGCUGUCUCCAUUCAUUAAACUUCCACCUCGAGUUGUACGGGGCCUUCAGCAUUGCUACAUUGGAAAAGCUGGAGGCAUUAGCCAUGUUCAACUUGGGAGGAAACCUUUCCUGUGCUGUGUUUCUCAGGCAAUUCAUUCUUGGCUUUAGGUCUUUGGUUACUUGGUGCAUUCAUGGUGGUGAGAGUGUAGUAUAUGUGAUGGACUUCACGCUGUCUUCAGACUUGAACUAAUUUCAUCUCUCUUCUUUUAGUCGCUUCUGUAAAAAUGGCAAAAACUUGUGUAUCUACCUCGUAGAAAUUACUCUCGAACGUAGUAAUUCCAAAUGGUCUGCAUUUGAACUUUCA